GUGGCGGGGAUCGAGGUGGAGGGGUGUCUCUCCGGCAGCUGGGCCUGGCCUGGCCUGCUCUCCCUCUCUCCCUCCCUCCCUCCCUUCUUUCAUCAGGUGGCGGUGGUUCCCGGGCCCCUUCCUGCGUCGCGGCCGGUGACUCUUCGGGGAGACGGGGCUUCUCUUCGGGCAGGGCCGCUCCCGACGAGGCGGAAGGCCGUAUCCGCGCAGAGUUCUUCAGCGGCCGUCCCGUCCCGUCCCGUCCCGCCCGUCGCGGCGUGUGAGGAGAUUCCUGUCCAGUGAGCUGUCCGCAAGCCUGUCAGGGCGUGGGGGUUUUGCAGGGGAGGGCAAUGGCAAUCUUUGCAGACUGUGUGUUCUUUGUUAAAAUUAAAUACUUACCCAUUCAGGAUAAGAGCAGGCUGAAAGCAUGCAUAAAAGAAAAUGGUGGAGUAGUUAAUUUUGUGCUUAAUCACAAGAGUACACAUGUUCUUGUGGAUACCGCUAAUGUCCUCAGCUGUCGCGAUCUAAAAAAUAUUCGGAAGUAUCAGCUACCUGUUUUGCGUGCAGAUUUCAUUUGGAAAUCAGUUGAAAAGGGGAAGCUUUUACAGAUUGAUGCAUUUAAGGUUAAUAUAUCACAAGAUGACACUUCUGACCAAGGGCAGGAUGUGGAAAAACUGUCGUCAUCUAAAAAGAAAAAUGCCACAAAAAAAAAUGAAAACAACUAUUCCAACCUUACUGUUACUGAAGACAGUAAGAGAAGAAUUGAGGCCAAAGUGAGGACUCUUAGACUUCAUGGUGAAAAUUACCAAGAUACUUCUUUUUUCCCACAAGAUUUUGAGGUAGCAAAAUACAGUGUCCUUGAAAAAGUCAAGUCGAAGGAAAGCAAAGAUUUUGUAGUUAUUGAAUUACAGUGUUCCCAAGAGCGUUGCAAGUUUCCGUUUCGACUAUACGCAAACUUCAGUACAUCAGAUGGAACAAAGAAUAAUAAACAAUUUGUAACUAAUACUGCUGAAGAAAUAAGAGAAAAGUACGAGACUUUUAUUGCAGACUUAAAGAGCCAGGAUUUCCUGCUCAGAGAAACUUUUCCACCAGAAGCAGAAUCUUUAGCUUCUACAAAAUUGCAACAGUUACUUCUAGAAGAAGCCAUCCAUUCAAGUGCUAUAUGUCAGGAAGUUAGUGAUUUUGUGGAAUUGAUCUGGGCAGAAGCUAUUGGCCACCUGGAUAGUUUACUACUUGAAUCAGUAAACAACAUAAGCCUAAAUGAUGUGAGCAAAGCAGAAGGUAUUUUACUGCAAGUAAAGAAUGCACUCAAUGAGGGAGCUGGCGAAGUGGCACUACAAGAAAUGAUGAUGGAAUUCUAUCAAGUUAUACGUCACAAAACUGACAUAGACUAUAAAGUUUCCAAAAAGCUGUUAUCUAGAAAACAGGACCUGUGUCAGCUAAUCAGAGACAUGCUCAAUAUACGUGAAACAAAUAUGUCAUGCCCAAACCCAUCAUCUUUGGCCAAAUAUCGGGCUCUGAGGUGCAAGAUUGAAGCUGUUGACUCAAUGAGUUCUGAAUUUCUCAGUGUUGAACAACAAGUGUUAAACAAUUACAAUGACUGUCCAGUGAAAAUUUUAAAAGUGUAUAGGGUUGGCAGAAUAACUGAAACAGCAGAAUUUCUGAGCAGUGUUGGAAACAUUCGAUCCUUAUUCCAUGCAUCAUCUGUGCGCAACUUCAUGGGAAUUCUUUCCAGAGGACUGCUAAUGCCGAAAGUGGUUGUUGAAGAUCAUGGCCUGGAAAGAACUGACAUCGGGAAUCUGGGCAGUGGCAUUUACUUCAGUGAUUCUGUUAGUGCCAGUAUUAAGUAUUCUUCACCUAGUGAAGUGGAUGGAACCCGGCUCCUGGCAGUUUGUGACGUGGCACUUGGAUCCUGCUUAGAUUUAUAUGAACGAGAUUAUUCAUUAAAUAAUGCACCAUCAGGUUUUGACAGUGUGCAUGGAGUCCGUAAAACAGCAGACGUCUCUUCAGACUUUGAGGAUGAUGAAUUUGUUGUGUAUAAAACCUGUCAGGUUAAAAUUAGAUAUGUCGUUAAGUUUUGCCUUGCUGAAGAUCAAAUAAAACAAUUUCAGCCUGCAGUUGGGGUGGAACUGGAGCAAGAUAACAAUGAGCCAGAGUCUCAAUGUCAUUUACAGCAGGAGAGCUAUGAAUUACCAAAUGCAAAUCUUUCAAAUCCUGUAAAAACUGGUCUUCAGGACAGAUUGGGAAAUCCUGUCCCUCUGGAAGGUGUUUAUAUCAAAGCGAGGAUAAUAGACUUUGUAGCACAGGUAGUAAUGUUUCAGACCUACACCAAUCAAAACAGUAAACCAAUUGAAGCUAAAUAUGUCUUUCCUUUGGAUGAUAAAGCUGCUGUUUGUGGAUUUGAAGCUUUUAUCAAUGGAAAACACGUCAUUGGAGAGGUUAAAGAAAAGAAACAAGCACAUAGAGAAUAUCGGAAAGCUAUCAGGCAGGGUGAUGGAGCUUAUCUGAUGGACCAAGAUGCACCGGAUAUUUUUGUAAUAAGUGUCGGAAACUUACCUCCAAAUUGUACAGUUGUGAUCAAAAUCACCUAUAUCACUGAACUGAGUUUUCAGCAUGGCUGUAUCACCUUUCAUCUCCCUGCUUCUGUGUCACCAUUGCAACAGGACAAAGCAUUAAAUGAAAACACGCAGGAUACAAUAAAAAAGGUUUGUGUUAAACAAGUAAAACCACAGAAAAAUGGAUUUUCCCUGGAUAUGUCUAUUGAGAUGCCAUCUAGUAUUGAACGCAUACAUAGUUGGACACAUGAACUUAAAAUAAAGAAAACGGACUGCAAGGCUGUAAUUAAGACUGUGGAGGACAGCUCCUUGGAUGUCAGUGGCUUUGUUCUAGAUAUCUGGAUUUCUGAGGUCUACCUACCUCGAAUGUGGGUAGAGAAGCAUCCCAAUAAAAUGAGUGAGGCUUGCAUGCUUGUAUUCCAACCAGAGUUUGAAACAGCAUUUGAAGAAGAGCACCGGUCCAAUGAAGUUACUAUUUUAUUAGAUUGCUCGAAUUCUAUGGCAGGUUCAGCUCUACACCAAGCAAAGCAGAUUGCUUUACGUGUUUUGGAGCUACUUGGUUUCAGACAAAGAGUGAACGUAGUCAAAUUUGGCACAAAUUUCACAGAAUUGUCUUCUUUUUCAAUGAACGUCAUAAAUGAUUUAGAAUCACUGAAGAAGUUUGUUACAUCUGCUACUGCAACAUUGGGAAACACUGAUUUAUGGAAGACCUUACGUUACUUAAAUCUGCUAUUCCCUUCUCAAGGACACCGGAACAUUCUUCUUCUAUCAGAUGGGCACAUUCAGAAUGAGAGUGUGACCUUCCAGAUUGUGAAAGAUAAUGUCCAACAUACAAGGUUAUUUACAUGUGGUGUGGGUUCCACAGCAAAUCGACACAUGCUGAGAUCUUUGUCCCAGUAUGGUGCUGGAGCAUUUGAAUACUUUGACCUGAAAUCAAAGUAUAACUGGGAGACAAAGAUACAGAGCCAGGUAUCUAGAAUGUUGUCUCCAGGAUGCAGUUUAGUUUCUAUUAAAUGGCAACAGUUCGAUACAGGUGCACCAGAGCCAAUGCAGGCUCCUGCUCAAAUACAGUCGUUAUUUAACAAUGAGAGACUUCUUGUCUAUGGAUUCAUCCCUCACUGUACUCAGGCCACCUUAAGUGCAAUAAUAAAUGACCAAGAACUACAGACUGUGGUGUCAACUACUGAACUACAAAAGACAACAGGAACAGUUCUACACAAACUUGCAGCAAGAGCUUUCAUUAAUGACUAUGAGGAUGGGAUUCUUCAUGAGAACGAAACAGAACAUGAGAUGAAGAAACAACUCUUGAAAAACAUGAUUAUUCAGCUCAGCUUGGAGAACUCAAUUAUAAGCCAGUUUACAAGCUUCGUUGCAGUUGAGAAAAGGGAUGCUAAUGAAACUUGUUCUGCUGAUGCUCCAGACAUCCUGGAAAUUAUAGCUCAAGAAGAUGUAGAUUUUUUACCUUACAUGGACUGGGACCAAAAGUUGAUGGAAUCUGACUCCUUAUUUGCAGAAGAAUUUGCCUUUGACACAGUAACUACGUUCAAUGAAUGUUUCACACAAGUAAACUUUAAUGCAGCUGACUUCCAAAGAGCGAAGGAUGGAGCUGAAAGCUUACAAUUGCUACUGGAAGAAGUUACUGUUAGUCAAAAAAGCGUGUCACCAAAAUACACGGUGCAGGACUUUGUAAAUGUUUCUGAACUUGAAAGUAGUAUUUGCAGUCUCAAAUCAAGUUUCAGUUUUGAUAGAGAUACCACAAAGGAGGGAUCAUCGAGAACAAGAUCACCUUCACCACAAGAACUUUGUCUGCCGCAAGCUGCUGAACCUUUCUCAUUGUUUGGUUUUAAACCUAAGCCAGGGGGAGGAAUUGAUCUGACUCAACAAAAAUCACUUCAGACACCUGCACUUAAAAAAUCACAUGUCUGUGCAGAUGCUCCUAAACCUGCUCCUCCUCCUCCCCUUGCCUGUUCUUUUCAAACAUCGGUGAAAGGCACGAAACAAGCUAGUUCUUCUGGUGUUGCUCCGAUGCAGGGCUUUGUAUUUGGUUCAUCUGCCCCUUGCGCUGCUCCGAUGCAGAGUUCUGGAUUUGGUUCAUCUGCCCCUUGUGCAGCUCCGAUGCAGAGUUCUUUCUUUGGCUCAGCCACCCCUCGUGCUGCUCCGAUGCAGAGUUCUGGAUUUGGUUCAUCUGCCCCUUGUGCAGCUCCGAUGCAGAGUUCUGGAUUUGGCUCAGCCACCCCUUGUGCAGCUCCGAUGCAGAGUUCUGGAUUUGGUUCAUCUGCCCCUUGUGCAGCUCCGAUGCAGAGUUCUUUCUUUGGCUCAGCCACCCCUUGUGCAGCUCCGAUGCAGAGUUCUGGAUUUGGUUCAUCUGCCCCUUGUGCUGCUCCGAUGCAGAGUUCUGGAUUUGGUUCAUCUGCCCCUUGUGCAGCUCCAAUGCAGAGUUCUGGAUUUGGCUCAGCCACCCCUUGUGCAGCUCCGAUGCAGAGUUCUGGAUUUGGUUCAUCUGCCCCUUGUGCAGCUCCGAUGCAGAGUUCUUUCUUUGGCUCAGCCACCCCUUGUGCAGCUCCGAUGCAGAGUUCUGGAUUUGGUUCAUCUGCCCCUUGUGCAGCUCCGAUGCAGAGUUCUGGAUUUGGUUCAUCUGCCCCUUGUGCAGCUCCGAUGCAGAGUUCUGGAUUUGGUUCAUCUGCCCCUUGUGCUGCUCCGAUGCAGAGUUCUGGAUUUGGUUCAUCUGCCCCUUGUGCAGCUCCGAUGCAGAGUUCUUUCUUUGGCUCAGCCACCCCUCGUGCUGCUCCGAUGCAGAGUUCUGGAUUUGGUUCAUCUGCCCCUUGUGCUGCUCCGAUGCAGAGUUCUUUCUUUGGCUCAGCCACCCCUCGUGCUGCUCUGAUGCAGAAUUCUGGAUUUGGUUCAGCCGCCCCUCGUGCUGCUCCGAUGCAGAAUUCUUCAUUUAAUUCAGUUCCCUGUUCUGUUGCUCCGAUACGGAUUCCUGUAAUUGGUUCAGCUACCCCUGCAGGCACAAAUUCUGAAAAGACUAGUAUUAAAAAACAAGUUGCUCCCAAAGUUCCUGAUUUUCAAGCUGAUAGAAAAGAAGCACUGCAACCUAGGUGUAUGAUGAAGGUGAUACGUCAGUGUGAUGUUACGGCUCCUAAAGAAGGACUUACUGAGGCACUUAAGGAACAACCACGGUGCUCUAGAACAACAAAGAAAGCAAGGAUUCAACAGCGAAUUGAGUUGACUUCUGUGAACUGGAAAAAAAUGUUUGCACUCCAAAAUCAGGAUGGCUCUUGGAAUCUCAGUCUACAGUUGGGAAAAAUCUUGAAGUUUGAUGCUGAUGAUUUAAUUAACAAUUUCCUUAUUAAAAAAGGCAUUCAGUCACUUGGCCCAAAUGGAAAAGAAAAGCUACUGCAGUUGAUUGCUACUCUUCUUGUGCUACAGUUCAUACGCUGCAGAAAGGAAUUGAAAGGGAUAGUUUUCAAAACUCUGAUGAAACUGGAUGAUUCAUCUAAUUCAAGUGGUGUUCAUUGGGCUUGUGAGUCGAUCAAGAAAGCAAUCGAGUGGGUAAGAAGAGCUGAAAGGCAAUUUCCAUCUAUUUGCUAUCGACUUGAACUUGGGAAAGACUGGGAUUCUGCCACCCAGAAGAUAUUGGGUAUCAAGUUUAUCUAACUUCAGUUCUCUUUCUUCUGAAAAUGUUUAAUUGCAUAAUUCUUUAAGAUAAUAGCAGCGUUAGCUUUCUUUGCAGUUUUACAUAAAAUGUUUAAAUUGAGAACAUUUGAUCUGAUAUUACUACUGAAUAAUAAUUCUCAUAGUCACAGACUUAAAGAUAUGGAAAUAAAGGGUCUUAUAGUUAGUAAGUCUUGAUUUUACAUAUAUGUAGUAUUUUACUUACCUGUAACUCUGUUAAAAAUACCUUAAUAUUUCAUUUUUUUACAUUAAUCUCUCUGGUUCCUUGCACAUUAUGAAAGUCCUUUUACAAUAUCUUUGUUUUGAUUUCUUCUAAGAUCUUAUGUACUUCUUUAAUGGCCCAGUGAAGAAAGCAUAACGUAGUAAUUCAGUUAAAUAUGGCAGGAGAUGUUUUGACAGAAACAAGAAUGUGAUAACCAAAGAACUAAUAAAUAUCUUUAUAACAUAUCCGUGUUUUCAAUUGGAUGGUUUUGCAAUUCCUACAGUGUGCCUUGAAAUGCAAACAGCAGAACAGUUAUUUUUCUCCUGCACUGCUUUUCUGAUCAGUCAUAGCUCAAAUCGUGAAUACAUAGGUCAGUUUUGUUAGGAGGAAUGAGGGGUUUUUUUCCUGAUGUUAGUUUGUAUUCUGCUGAAAACCUAACUGAUUAGUUUUAUUUUACACUAGAUCAAACACCGAAGCCUAAUAACAAAACCAGACUAAAAGUGAUUUAUUUUAAUUUAAUAGGCUUUUCACAGGUGUUUGAAUGAAUACAUUACCUCUUCUAAAUUAAGGAGCUGCACAGAAUCACACCUUGGUACUUUGUGAUCUGAGGAAAUGUAGUUAGAGACUUAGUAUGAUUGCUUGCAGAGAGGAGGGAUCAAGUGUGGACAGAACAUACUCAACACUUGUUUGUCCAACCACUGAAAGUAUUCAGAAGCAGGAGAUUCCACAGCCACCGUACGUAAUGCACUACACUGCCCUAGCAAACGGAGAGCGCUCCCGAGCAAUAAUACCAAAGUGUUGUAAGAGGUUACUAAGGAAAACUGUGGAAUCUCUUUCAUAGAUGUUUUACAGGAGAAUUUAAGCAAACAUUUGCCAAGGCUGUGGAGUAUAAACACUUGGUCUUGUAGAGGAGGUUGCCAAGAGGGAUAUCCUGAGGGCCUUCUGUUUCUAAGGUGCUCUGAAUCCUUGUUUUCACAUGUGUGAGAUACUGCCUCUUUUUUGUAAAUAAUACCAAGGAAAGAUUUGUACUACACUUUCUAUCUGAGAAGAGCUAGGAUGUGGGUUUCUCAAGAGCUAGAAAGACUCCUUAAUGUAGACAAUGAUAAACUAGCUUCUAAAUCUGCUGCUACGUCUUUGUAUGGUGUUGCGUGAAAAGGGGCAAAGCAGUUUUGGCAGAAGAUAAACCCCCUUGCGUUCUAACACUCCUCACCUAGGUGCGGCUAGGUUUAAAUUCUGAGCAAUGCCCAAUUCAGCACUAUCAGUCCAAUCGUGUUUAAUAUGUAUUAAACUAUUAGAUUUGGAUACGCUAAUAGUGGACUGCACCUUCAGUCUAGUCGUGCUCCUGAACUAGCACGGCCACUCUGGAGUCUUUGGUCGCGCUCAGUGAGAAAGCGAAACGAGUAGCUACUUAAACAGUGCAGUUUAUUUAAACAACAGAUAUACAGGUUCUUAGGAUUGCCGGUGAUAAAUACACUGUCUGCAAAGCACGUGCACAUAAAGAUAUUGUUAAGUAUACAAAAUGCGCGACAAAGUUAUAAAUGAUACAGCCUGGCUAUAAAUGUAGGGUAGAGAUUCUCUAGAGAAAUUUCUAAGUUCCCCGAGGAAACACUCGGUAUAAUCUAAGUCUUACCCAAAGGCGUCCCUAUGGGGGGGAAGAGAGGCUCAGCCCGUCGACUGAUCCCAGAAAUCAGUGAUGGAAUUCUUCACGAUGGUGUCUUCCCUGGGUAUCCCCCCUCUCUCGGGCUAUUUUUAUACUAUUUGUUAUCUUCAAAGUGGAGUUAGAGUGACUUUAGUCAUACGUACUUUUAUUAUGAUUGGUGUAAAAUUCUCUCACUUCACAAUUAAAGGUAUAGUUUACGAGAAAUUCAGGGCGCAGACUCAAGAGGGAGUGGUCACACCUUGGAGGUGGGUAGCCUUCGGGAUGAAGGUGUGUUUUGGUAUUAUAAUGACAUUAAAUGAGCAAAGUUCGCACAAAGGACAGCAUUUCAUCAACAUUUGACGAAAUGUUGGCUCGGGUAGCGUGUAGGCCGCUUAUCUGUUCCGUAGUACCAUCUCGUUCCCAUAUCUGCUGUUUGUCACAAGGGAAGGCCACGGAACAAGCGUAUUCUGUUCCAUCCCUCAUGUAGUUUUGCAAACAGCCUUGUACAGGGAAUCGCAGAUGUGGCAUUCUUCGUGUGCCACCUGCGGCUGUAUUCUACCUCAGAAGCCUCUUGAUUUUAUGACUUUCCUUAAUGUGUGAACAAUGCUGUACUUUUGUAUUCUCGGCCAAUUUAGUAAUUAUUCCACAGUAUGGUCAAUUGUUGCAUUACUAGUUACCUUAGAAAGUGCUGGCAAAAUCAUAAAUAAAAUAGUUUUUCUUUUAUUGCAGUUAAUUAUUCAAAUAGUUUGGUGUUUUCACUGUUGCAAUGAUACAUCCCAUAAAGGGUAUGUACGAAAAGUAUACAUUCACUCUAAAGCCUGAGUUUCAUUUCAGUGACAUGUAUUCCUUAAGAAACUGUAAUAUAUUAACACUCUGGCUCUAGCAAAGGUAGUUGAAUAAGCAAAGGGGGUGUGGUUUAUUUGCU